CGAGUUCCGAUCUUCCGUACGCGUGUCCAAGAGAGCCAUCGCACGGCCCCUUUCGCACCGCCUCCCGACAAGAGGCGGUGCGCGGGAUCGCAGACGGCACGUGGCUGGGGCGUCCGCAUGCGGGUCUUCCCCGUCCGAGACGCUGCGGCCGCACGGCGCCCGGGUCUCGGGGGACUGUAACGGGAGAGAAAGAAGAGCGAGAAGAGAGAGGGACGGGGACGGUGGAGAGAAGAGAUAAAGAGGGGCAAGAGAGAAAGGCGGAGCGAGGGAAGCGCGGGCGCGAGAGAGACGAGGGAGGGAAAAGAAAACGAAAAGGAAAAGGAAAGAAAUUCGUUGGGGGUUGUGGACGGCCUUUCUUGCCGAGGGAAUUCGGUUCUUGCGCGUAACCCCGACAUCUCGAUCACUACAUUGCCUCUCUAAUGGCGAAAUCCGUGUAGUUUGAUGGUGCCGCAGCCCCGGAAUCGAUCAAGGUUGGCGGCGGAGCCACUCGGAUGAUCGUUGGUGCCCCAGAGAUGGCCUCAUCCAAUCUAACUGAAAAUGCAAUGCAAUGCAAAACAUGUCAUGGCGAGGGGGACCCGAAUAUCCGGACCACAUGGAUCUCCGACAAUCCUGAUAAACAAUCAAAUACAUGUCCUAAUUGUCAGAUUUUUAAAAGUGGGCCACUAUUCAUAUCAUCUAAAGGAAUAGGUUGGACAUCAUGGAAGAAACGCUGGUUUGUUCUUACACGCACUUCAUUGGUCUUCUUUAGAAGUGACCCUAAUUCUCUCCCUCAGAAAGGAAAUGAAGCGAAUCUUACCCUUGGUGGUAUGGACCUAAACAAUUCUGGAAGUGUUGUUGUGAAAGCAGAUAAAAAGCUUCUGAUAGUGCUUUUUCCUGAUGGCCGUGAUGGGCGAACUUUUACGCUAAAGGCAGAAACUUCGGAGGAUUUAUAUGAAUGGAAAUCUGCAUUGGAGAAUGCUUUGGCACUAGCACCUGGUGCAUGUGCAAUGGGGCAGAAUGGAAUCUUCUGCAAUGAUAUUACUGACUCAAAUGAAGCUUCAGGGGAACAAGUGAAAGAUAAGGAACCUGAACCUGUGAAAUCCACAGUGAUUGGUAGGCCAAUUUUGCUUGCACUUGAAGAUAUUGAUGGGAGCCCAUCUUUCUUGGAGAAGGCCCUCAGAUUCAUUGAAGACUAUGGGAUCAAAGUGGAAGGUAUCUUGAGACAGUCUGCAGAUGUUGAAGAGGUAAAACGCAGAGUUAAAGAUUAUGAACAGGGAAAAAAUGAGUUCUCUUCAGAUGAGGAUGCACAUGUUAUUGGUGAUUGUAUCAAGUAUGUGCUUCGGGAGUUGCCAUCAUCUCCAGUUCCUGCAUCAUGUUGUACUGCACUGGUGGAUGCAUACAGAACUGAUCGAGGAGAUAGAAUGGAUGCUAUGCGUGCUGCAAUAUAUGAAACUUUCCCUGAGCCUAAUCGCCGUCUAGUGCAGAGGAUUCUAAAGAUGAUGCGAACAGUAGCCUAUCACAGAUCUGAGAAUCGGAUGUCUCUAUCAGCUUUAGCAGCUUGCAUGGCCCCAUUACUUCUGCGCCCGCUCCUGGCUGGUGAUUGUGAAUUUGAGGAUGAUUUUACUAUGGGUGGGGAUGGUUCUAUUCAGCUUCUUCAGGCUGCUGCAGCUGCUAACCAUGCUCAAGCUAUUGUUAUAAUUCUACUAGAGGAAUAUGGAAACAUAUUUGAUGAGGAUCUUUUGGAGGACGGAUCCUUUUCUUCAGAACUUUAUUCUGAAUCUGAAGGUGGUGAUGUUGAAGAUGAUGAGUCAACUGAUCAUGACAUCCCAGAAGAUGAUGGAUAUCAUGAUGGACAUAAUGGCCUUGAAACAGAUAUAGAUGAUGAUCCUGAACGUUCGUCUAGUGGGACACUUAGUGAAAGAAGCAGUUAUGAUGAAAGUGAUCCAUAUGAUGAUAAGGCUACUGAAGAUGAAGAUAUAGAUGGUACAUCUCCAAGAGAUGAUGAGCCCUCAAACACAAAGCGUACUCUUUUGUUGCGACACGAUCAUGAUCAGAAAUCAUCAUCAACAUCUAAUAUCCCAUAUCCUGAGGAUGUUGGUGUACAGAAGUAUGAAAUUUUGCCGAAUGAAAAUAUUAAUUCCUCUGCUGCACCUAGCUGCGAGCCCAACGAAUCCAUUGGGAACGUUCCUCCUUCCACAGAAGCAAUGCUCAAGUCAGUUAGUCACAAUGUAACCUCAAGUGUCACAGACAAAUCAAAUGAACCAGCGCCCAGUAUUAAACAACGCACUGUAUGGGGACGUACCUCUGCAAGAAAGAACCUCUCGAUGGAGUCAAUUGACUACUCUAGUGAUGAUGAGAUUGCUAUUCAAAGGCUUGAGGGUACCAAGAGUGAUCUUCAAACUAAAAUUGCAAAGGAGGUAAAAGGAAAUACAAUGCUGCAGGCAAGUCUGGAAAGACGAAAGGAAGCUUUGCGUGAGCGUCGUUUAGCUCUUGAGCAAGAUGUGGAAAAAUUGCGAGAACAGUUGCAAAAGGAGAGAGAUCUGAGGGCAUCCUUGGAGUCUGGACUGAUGAACAUGAGACCUGGGAAUAUAUCAUAUGCAUCUGCUAUGGAUAGCAAGUUUAUAUUCGUGAUAAAGACCAGGGCAGAUCUAGAAGAAGUCGCUUUUGCUGAAGCAGAUAUCAUUAACUUGAAGCAGAAAGUUGCUGAUCUUCGUGGGCAGCUUAAUAAUCAGCCGCAAAAAGCCAAUGCUUCCUUGUGUGAAUCAUGCAGUAAGCUUCUGUAUACUACAGAUAAAGCAGAAGGGAAAGAUCAGACGGCAAACAUUGAGAGUACCACUCUUGCGCAUCAAAAUAAAAUGUUAUCAAAAAGUGAUGAUGUUUCUUCUGGAAGAGCAUGUGAAAAAAUGCUGACACCAACACAAGAUUUACUGUCUUCACCAAAUGCGAACCCUUCAUAUAUCCGAAAACCAGAAAGGGCUAGUCAGGACAAUACCAUAUUUUCAGGGACCGGCAGCUGUUCAUCUGAGGAGAGGCCAACUCUUGGGACUCUUGCCCCAUCGAAAAAGUUUGCUUCUAAAGAUGAGAACUCAAAUUCCCUGGCGAACCGCAAGGAUGUGAAGGUACAAACACCGGAUUCACCUUCUUUGCCAAGCACACAACCUCUCCUGAACCAGCAGGUAAAUAUGACAACUCAAAGCAGCAAAAUGUCUCCAGGUCCCAACAGGAUCUCUUGUACUGAGGAUCCAACAACAAUUGUCUGCAAUACUUUACCGAAGUCCACAUCAAGGGGGGAGAGUUCCAUGCUUGCAGCAGACAGUGAAAAUGUGAAAACUCUGAGACGAGAUACAGUAUCUACCUCAGAUAGACAGCCUUCCCAGAAGCAACCAACAAAUACAUCAAGUAUGAGCUCCAUGCUUGCAGCAGACACUAAAAAUGUGAGAAGUGUAAGACGAGACUUGGUAUCUACCUCAGAUAGGCGGCCUUCCCAGAAGCAGCAGAGGAACACGUCAAAUAUGAACUCUUCAAUAUCUUCAGGGUUGGCUAACAUUCCAUCCACUGAAGGGUCAACUACAGAUGGUUUCCGUACUGCUUCAAAAAAGUCCCUUCCAAAGGUUGAUAAUGUGAAGACAGAAACACAGGUUUUGCCAUCUUUACCUAAUAGGCAGCCCUCUCAGAUGCAACAGCCAAACAAUGCAAAUCCGAACAGUUCAAGUUCUCUAAAGGCUGAUAAUGUUUCUUCUGAAGAGUCAGCAGCAGUUGGCCGCACUGCAUCAUCAAAGAAGUCAUCUUCCAAGCCUGAGGAAACCACCUCUUCAUCAUCUGCACUGGUGAAGCUGACAAACCGACUCAACUUUUUGAAGGAACGACGGGCCCAACUUGUAAAUGAGCUACAAGACAUGGACAUAAAUCGUUCUUCUGGUCCAGAAGGCCCUCCUCUAAGAACCAAUUCCAGAUGACCUAGAACCUCCUCAAAGAGGAUUAGCUUUACUAUAUUCCUGUCAAUGGAGCUGAGAAUAAUGUUGUGGCAGUCUUGUUAUUCUGGUAUUUUGGCACAGUUGUUUCAUGAUGUCUGGCAUCUGGAGAUUUUAGUGCUUUUAUACAUGACUGGCCCUGUUGAAAGCUCAAAUAUGAUUAGUGUGAUGACAUUUGUGUAAAUUUGAACCACCGGUGUGCCUCGCUUCUAGAGAAGUCACAAAUAGAGGUUAGGGAAAUGUUUGAAGUAUCAGUAUGUGGAGGAGUUUUGAGAUGAUUUCAGCCUGUGAAUAUGUGGACACUUUGUAUCUGCACUGCCAUGAAUUUUCAAAAUCAGCCAUUCAUAGUUUGAAUAAAAUGUCUUCAGAACCCAUGUGUCAUGGUUUUAUCUGGUCA